CUCAAUUUCCCUGUGCCCAUCCAUAUUCGGAUUCGUUUUCUAGAAUAUGGUCAGUUUCUACACUUGUUCUGUGAAAAUGAGUACCUGUGUGGCAUUAUUGAGUGUGGUAUUGCUGAAGAUCAUCCAAAAUGAAGCUUCUAGACAGGCACCUCCUCAGGGCUUCAGAUAUGCCUCUUAUGACGUGAUCAUCCCAAGGAAGCUGUCUCCCAAGUACGGGCAAGAAGAACCCCUGCAUGUGAGCUACCUCCUGCACAUUGAAGGAAAUCCCCAGGUGCUGUUCCUCAGGCAAAGAAGGAAUUUCAUCCCAAAGGCCUUUCCUGUCUUCACCUAUGAUACAGCAGGAGAUCUCCAGGUGGAUCACCCAUUUAUCAAGGUUGACUGUUUCUACAAUGGAUUUAUACAGAGAAAGUCCUCUUCUCGAGUCACCCUCAGUACAUGUUCAGGAGGACUGAGAGGUCUCCUGCAAAUGGAAAAUAAGACCUAUGAAAUUGAACCAGUCCAGGAAUCUUCUACCUUUCAACACGUGGUGUUUCAGUUAGAAGUAGAGGAAGGGGCUCUCCGAAUGGCUUGUGGAGUAGGAGAGGAAGAGCACAGCCAUCAACAGGACAUAAUUCCUGAAACACAGAAUCUUGGAAACAAAGACGUUUUUGGAAAAUCCUGGUGGCCACAUACCAGAUAUGUUAAGGUAGCAAUUGUGAUUGAUCAUGAACUAUAUUUGCAGUUUCACAGAAAUGAAUCUUUUAUUACUAUGCAAGUUCUAGAUAUUGUCCACACUGCAAAUUCAUUCUAUGACUCUCUUUCUGUUCAUUUGUCAAUAGCAGGAUUAAUGAUGUGGUCACAAUACAACCCUAUAACAAUUACCUUUUCAGCAGAUAAAACACUUACAUUGUUUAAUUAUUGGAGAAUUACCAAUCUGCUUCAUAUUUUAGAAAAUGAUGUUGGUCACUUAUUUGCAUAUCAGCAUUUUAGUAAAGGUAUAGUAGGCCUUGCCUAUGUUGGAACCAUAUGUAGCAGUUACUGGGCAAGUUCCAUUAUAUCAUAUAGAAUUUCCAGUUUGUUUUUGAUUUCUGAAAUAUUUGCCCAUGAACUGGGACACGUUCUUGGAAUGGAACAUGAUGAAGGAUAUUGUCAUUGUGGAAAGAGUGAAUGUAUUAUGGCACCAUUUGUAGCAGAGACUGAUAAAUUUAGUAACUGCAGUUACAAGGAUUAUUUCCACUAUAGAAACACUGAGUGUUUAUUUAUCCCACCAGACACUAGCACAACAUUUAAAUUUGAAUCCUGUGGUAACAAAAGAGUGGAAAAGGGAGAGCAGUGUGACUGUGGGUCAGAAACACAAUGCAAGGCAGAUCCCUGCUGUCAAGCUAAUUGUAUGUUGCGUCCUGCGGCUGUUUGUGCCUUUGGACUGUGCUGUGCUAACUGCCAAUAUCGUCAACGUGGAACUGUUUGCAGAGAGAAGAUUAGCAGUUGUGAUCUCCCUGAAUAUUGCAAUGGGACCUCAGAGCACUGUCCAGAAGAUGUGCAUGUGCAAGAUGGCGCAGUGUGUAAUGAUGGCGUGUAUUGUUAUCAUGGGAACUGCACGACUCAUGAUAUGCAGUGCAAAAUGAUAUUUGGUAGUGGAGCAACAGUCGCUUCUAAACUUUGCUUCAUAGAAGUGAAUAAUAAAGGUGAUCGCUUUGGCAACUGUGGCCUUAAACAUGGAAUUUACAAGGAAUGUGAUAUUGGGGAUAGCCUGUGUGGCCGUAUCCAGUGUAAAAAUACACAAAUGCCUUCUUUGGAGGAUCACACUACAAUAAUUCAUACUUCCACUGGAGUUAAUCAAUGUUGGGGCACUGACUACCACACUGGGAUGAAGGUAAAUGAUAUUGGAGCAGUGAGAGAUGGUACUCCUUGUGGCAAUAACAUGUUAUGUAUUGAGGGUAGUUGUGUCCCUGUGUCAAUUCUGAAAUAUGAUUGUCAUGUCACAGCGUGUCACAAUCGGGGAGUUUGUAACACUCUCAAACACUGUCACUGUGAUGUUGGAUGGUCCCCUCCAAACUGUAGAAAUAAAGGCUAUGGAGGUAGCAUAGACAGUGGGCCACCUCCAGUUACAGUACAAUCUAGUGAGAGUAUGAAAAUCUCAGCUGUAUCUGGAAUACUCUGUGCUUUUUGUCUCCUAACUGUUUGUGCUUGUUUGGUUAUCUGUUGCAAGGAUGGACAAAGAAUCCGAUCAUGAUAAUUUAAGGACAGAGUCCAUGCUACGAAAUAAAAAAAUGAAGGAACACCAGUGUAACUCACCCUUGCUAAGAAUCCACAAUGCAAAG